AUGAGUAAAAAUUUCUACGAAAUUCUUGGCGUUAGUAGGAAUGCCAAUGACGAUGAAAUCAAGAAGGCGUAUCGCAAAUUGGCCUUGAAAUGUCAUCCGGAUAAGAAUAAAGCACCAGAGGCUGAGGAAAGCUUCAAAGAGAUCGGUCAGGCGUAUGCGGUAUUGUCAGACAAAGAGAAACACGAUGUUUAUGACAAGAAUCUUAAAAGCGGAUCUCCAGUGGCAACAGGCGAACCAACUGGCACAUAUACCUAUGCGCAUUCAUUUAAUGCUGCGCCAAAUAGCAAACGUAAACAUGAAAAUCCUCCCAUCAAACAUAAUUUGUAUGUCUCGUUGGAAGAAAUUGAUAAAGGUUGCGUGAAAACAAUGAAGGUCACACGGAUGUCAAUGUCAACUGGCCAAGCCCGCAAAGAAGAAAAAAUCUUGAACGUUACAAUAAAAGCGGGUUCGAAAUCGGGCACUGAAGUAAUAUAUAAAGAAGAAGGUAACGAAGCUCGGGAAAAAAUGCCUGCCGAUAUAAUAUUCGCCAUUGUUGAUAAGCCGCAUCCAUUGUUUGAACGUAAUGGCGCUGAUAUUAUAUACCAUGUGACAAUCAAUCUCACGCAAGCAUUGUGUGGAACUACGGUGCAUGUGCCAACAUUGCAAGGUGAUCAAGUUACAAUAAAUACGCACAGCGAGGUAAUAACACCAAACAAUAUCAAGCGUAUAAAUGGUCGGGGCUUGCCUUUCCCCGACGAGCCUUCGCGACGUGGUGAUCUGCUCGUCUUGUUCGACAUAAAAUUUCCCGAUACUUUACAGCAGUUAAUUAAGGAACAACUUUGCGAGAUACACAUCCCAUUAAUUGAUAGCGAAUGA